UGGCUUCUGCGGCCAAUUGCUCCUCGAAGCGGAAAAGCAUUUCUCCACAGUAGCCGUCGCCGGCGAAACCAUGGCCAGCGUGGCCGUCUUCUUUCUCUUACUAAUGUCCGUCGCUUUCGCUGCGGCUCUCCCCUCCUCCACCUUCUUCACCUACUCGGAAGCUCCCAAAUUCCGCGACGCCGACACCUGCCCCGCCUGCACUGCCGGCGACUGCGAUCCCGACCUCGUCCACAUCGCCAUGACCCUCGAUGCACAUUACCUCCGCGGAUCGAUCGCCGCCGUCCACUCCAUUCUUCGCCAUACCUCCUGCCCUGAUUCGCUCUUCUUCCACUUCCUUACCACAGCCGGAGUCUCCGAUUCCGGCAAUUCAGGCGACGAGCUCGCUGCCGCGAUGCGCACUAUAUUUCCAUCGCUCCGAUUCAGUGCCCAUCGGUUCCGCGAAGAUCGCGUACGCGGGCUCAUCUCCGGUUCGAUCCGGCCCGCCCUUGAAACACCCCUGAACUACGCCCGCAACUAUCUCGGUGAUCUCCUCCCCCUUUGCGUCCGCCGCGUCAUCUAUCUUGACUCCGACAUUCUGGUCGUCGACGACAUCCGCCUCCUCUGGGACUCAGCAUCCACAGCCUUGAACGCCGCCAAGUCCGCCGCCGUGGCGGCGCCGGAGUACUGCCACGCCAAUUUCUCCCGCUACUUCACUGCCUCGUUCUGGAAAGGGCCGUGGGGGCGCCUGCCCUUCGAGGGACGCCGUCGCAGGCCGUGCUACUUCAACACGGGCGUGAUGGUGUUGGAUCUGAAUCGGUGGCGGGCGAAGGGCUACAGUCGGAAAAUCGAGAGAUGGAUGGAGGUACAGAAGCGGAAUAGGAUCUACGAUUUAGGUUCUCUACCGCCAUUUCUCCUGGUAUUCGCCGGUGAGGUGGAGGGUUUGGAUCAUCGGUGGAACCAGCACGGGCUCGGAGGCGAUAACUUGAAAGAAAGCUGUCGUGUUCUGCAUCCAGGGCCCGUGAGCCUUCUCCAUUGGAGUGGAAAGGGGAAGCCGUGGGAUCGGAUGGAUGCCGGGAAACCUUGUCCUAUCGAUCACCUUUGGAAAGUCUACGACCUAUUUUCGACGGCGGUCACACCAUCUUCUUCCUCUUCCCUUUCCAUUUCUUGAAGCAUUUCAUUGUAGAUAGGAUAUGAUUCAAUUAUUUAGUCGUGUAAUCCGGUAUUGUAUAGCAUUGCAGAGAUUGUUGGACAGUUAUUUCA